AACCCUGGAAAACAUUAAAAACUUUGUAAAGAUUCACAUGUCCAAGGAAGAGUUGGGAUCUCCCCAUGCUGCUUCCACUUUCAAGAUUAUGAUCUUCUUGGACACAGUUUGGACACUCUUCCCCCUCAAUUGAGCGGUUUUAUGAUCCCUCUUUUUCUUUCUCUCCUCCUUCUAGCUGAUGGAUAUGAAAUCAUAGCAUUAUCUUCAACCGAUGACCAUUGCAUCUAGUUUGGAGACAAAGAAGUGACACAAGAAGAAUACCCGAUAAUAGCUAUCUCCUUGCUCCAUCCUCUUCCUGUUGGCUUGACUGUCGCCUUUUUUAUUUUGGAAAUUUCAGCUGCCAUGGAAGCGCGAAGGAUUCGGCCAGGCUGACAGAGGGCUUCAGAGCAGCUGAGGUGGAAUCUGCAAUUUGAUAAGAAAGUGCAUGAGAGAUCUCUGCAGGGUUGCUUUGCAAUCCCCACCCCCAACUGCCUUCUUGAUUGGCGGAUUAUGGUGACAGGAAGAUGUUGGCCAGGAAGAGCAUCAUCCCUGAAGAAUAUGUCCUUGCACGAAUUGCAGCAGAGAACCUAGGCAAGCCGCGCAUCCGGGACCGCCCACGCAAGGCCCGCUUCAUUGCCAAGAAUGGAGCAUGCAACCUGGCCCACAAGAACAUCCGAGAGCAAGGGCGUUUCUUGCAGGACAUCUUCACCACUUUGGUGGACCUGAAGUGGCGCCACACCUUGGUGAUCUUCACCAUGUCCUUCCUAUGCAGCUGGCUCUUCUUUGCCAUGGUGUGGUGGCUGGUGGCCUUUGCCCAUGGAGACAUGGAAAUACCUUGUGCUACCACUGAAGAUCCUAGCAAGCGGAAGCCGUGUGUCACCUGUGUCAGGUCCUUCACCUCUGCUUUCCUCUUCUCUAUUGAGGUCCAAGUGACCAUUGGUUUUGGAGGCAGGAUGAUGACCGAAGAGUGCCUCUUUGCCAUCAUUGUCUUGAUUCUCCAGAACAUUGUGAGCUUGAUCAUCAAUGCUGUCAUGCUUGGUUGCAUCUUCAUGAAAACUGCUCAAGCACACCGGAGAGCGGAAACCCUGAUCUUCAGCCGGAAUGCAGUCAUUGCUGUGCGUAACGGCCGGCUCUGUUUCAUGUUCCGAGUGGGAGACUUAAGGAAGAGCAUGAUUAUCAGUGCCUCAGUAAGAAUCCAGGUAGUAAAGAAGACCACAACGCCCGAAGGAGAAGUCAUUCCCAUCCACCAGCUAGAUAUUCCGGUUGACAAUCCCAUGGAAAGCAACAACAUUUUCCUAGUGGCCCCUUUGAUUAUUUGCCAUAUCAUUGACAAGCGGAGUCCUCUUUAUGACAUCUCUGCCAAUGAUCUAGCCACCCAAGACCUAGAAAUUAUCGUAAUACUUGAAGGUGUGGUGGAAACCACAGGGAUCACCACCCAGGCGAGAACAUCCUACAUAUCAGAAGAGAUCCUCUGGGGACAUCGCUUUGUGCCCAUUGUGACAGAAGAGGAAGGGACUUACGCAGUGGAUUACUCCAAAUUUGGCAACACAAGCAAAGUGGCAGCACCCCGGUGUAGCGCCAAGGAGCUGGAUGAGAAACCUUCCAUUCUCAUCCAAACGCUCCAGAAGAGUGAACUAUCUCAUCAGAACUCUUUGAGGAAACGGAAUUCAAUGAGGAGGAAUAAUUCCAUGAGAAGGAAUAAUUCCAUGCGAAGGAAUAACUCCUCCUUCAUUGUGCCAAAAGUCCAGUUCAUGACACUUGAAGGGAACCAGAACACAAUGGAAACAUGACAGAUCUGAAACCAUUACUCAUAGCUGUUUUGAGGAACCAAUAGUGUUAUUUCAUUAUUUGUGUAAAUAAACCAUGACUAUAAACCUUUGAUGAAAUCAGGACAUAAUAAUGACGGGUCAAAACAAUAGAACAAGGAUUAGGAAAUAUGUGGCUAGCAAGUAAUAGUUAGAC